UCUUAUCAACUAAAUAGAGGAAUGAUUUCUAACUUCAUUAGAUCCUUAUAUUACUGUUAUACUGAUUAAACACCGGAAAAACAAUACAUUUAAUUUAUCGAGCUGCGUUCUUAUGGCAUCGUUGAGAUCUUUCAACAGUGCAAUGCGUAAUUCUCAAGCAGGAGUAAUAGAUCCAAUGCAAGUUGAUGCACCUCCUGAAGAAAAUGAUAACAAUGAGGAGGAGUUAUAUGAAGUAGAUGUCGAUUCAUUUGAUUUAGAGGCUUAUGCCAAUAACUAUCAUGGCUUAGCACGCAUUUAUAGAUUGAUGUAUAUAGCAGACCAUUGUCAAAAAAUGCGUUCCGAUGCAUUACGAUUAGCUAUAUCACAUGUUAUUACUACUAUGAAUGCAAAUUUGUAUCAAGUACUUCAUCAAAAACUUCAACAAAGUGUUGGAAAUAUACUACCAGAUGUAACUGGAGCUAAUCCUAUAGAUUCUUUACCUACUUUCAACCCUAGUUGGGUAGAAACAACAACUCAAAAAGCAGCAAUGAAACUUGAAAAACUUGAUGGUGAUCUAAAAAAUUAUAAAAGUAAUUCUAUUAAAGAAAGUAUAAGACGAGGUCAUAAUGAAAUUGGUGAUCAUUAUGUCAAUUGUGGAGAUCUUAUUGAGGCAACUAAAAGUUACUCUAAGGCUCGAGAUUAUUGUACUAGUUCAUCACAUGUUAUAUCAAUGUGUCUGAAUAUUAUUAAAGUUGGAAUUUAUUUACAAAAUUGGUCUCAUGUGGUUAAUUAUAUAAUUAAAGCAGAAUCAACUCCUGAUUACACAGAAAAUUCUGAUUUGCAGACUACAUAUAGCUCUACUUUGAAAUGCAUGACAGGUUUAGCUGAAUUAGCAGGUCGUAAAUACAAAAUAGCUGCUCAAAAUUUUUUACAAGCCAAUUUAGAUUAUUGGGAUACCAAUUGUGAAGUAAUGACUCCAAACGAUGUUGCUGUAUAUGGAGGAUUAUGUGCUUUGGCUACAUUUAGCCGUUCAGAAUUGCAAACUUCUGUGAUUUCUAAUAAUAUUUUCAAAUUGUUUCUUGAGCUUGAACCAGAAGUUCGUGAUGCUAUAUUUAAAUUUUAUGAAUCUAAAUAUGAAGUCUGUUUAAAAAUCCUUAAUAAAAUUAAGCCUACAUUACUUCUUGAUAUGUACAUUGGUUCUCACAUUAACACACUCUACUCCAAUAUUAGAAGUAAAGCAAUGAUACAAUAUUUCAGCCCAUAUGAUUCAGCAGAUCUUAGAAAAAUGGCAAUGUGCUUUAAUACUUCAUUAACUGAUUUGGAAAAUGAACUAAUGCAACUUAUUUUAGAUGGUCAUAUUAAAGCUCGUAUUGACUCAAUUAAUAAAAUUCUCUAUGCCAGGCAUCCAAAUCAAAGAGUAGAAACAUUUGAAAAAGCUAUGUCAAUGGCUCAACAAUACAGUAGAUAUACUCAUAUACUUAUCCUUAAAAGUCAAAUGAUCAAACAUCAAAUAAAUGCAAAAGCAGGAGAACGGCAUAAUAAUAUAGGAAAAACCAUUAAUGUUGAUUUUGUUAAAUUAUAAAAUUAAUAUGUCUACUAAUAAGUUUCCCUUCAAUGAAAAGAAAAAAUAUAUAUUCUUUGUCACAUAGUUUUUUCAUUAAAAGCAUUCAUAAUUUUGCA